UCUACCUCUUCCUCUGCUUCUCACCCCCUUUAAUAAAAGCUUUUCUCUUUUGGGUUUCAUAUCUCUCUCUCUCUCUCUCUCUCUCUCUCUCUCUCUGUGCUUUGGUUACCAUCUCCUCCCCUGGAUCUUCACCUGUGGAGGUGAUUUUCGAUGAGCCAUUGAGAUAAACUUGGUAUUUUCGAACUUGGGUAGUUUAUAAGUGCAUUAGUGCGUUUAUCAUGUCUGAUCGGGUUGCGCGAUCGUAUCAUGGUAGUGAAGGAACAAGUGAGCUAGCUUCACAUCCUUACGAAUCUGUUUGGAUGGCUCAUUGGAUGUGCAGAAGUUGUAAGUCAGAAACCAAAGCUUGUGGCCAUGUAUCAAUUCGUUAUGAGGAGGCGCAACAACACAAUCGUGGUGUUAAGAAGCAUUCCUUGUUUAGAGGGUUCGGAGAAGUAACUGAACCAAAGAGAGUAAGAAAGAUCGAUGGGGGUCUCAGUCUGGCAGAGAGUUCAAAGAAAACAAGGAAAGCGAUAUCAGAAGGCCAGUCCUUUCCAAUGUUCAGUGUUCCUCCAAAGGCUAGUGUGGCUAAACCAAAUCAGAAAAAUUCUACUUUCCAUGGGGGAGUACUUACUGAGUGUAGCCCACCAGCAUUGCCUGCCUGGACUCAUACUGAUGCAUGGGCUUUGGGAGCCACAUCACCGCCUCCAGAGCAACAGGUGAAAUAUCAUAAUUUUCUUGAUAACAAUAGCCUAGCUGUUUCCAAGUCUUUUCAGGAUGAAUCAACGAGAUCAGAUUCCAAAAUUGUGCCACAUCAACUAAAGGGUGGGCGUACUUUCUCAUCUUUCCUGUGUAGUGAAAAGGAAAUUAAUCUAUCCAACUCUCUUUUUGCAUCUCCACAACAUGUCACAAACAGUUACAAUCACACGUUGUUGGCUCACGAGAAAAACUUCGAUAACAAUUUUGUCUCUAGAAGAUCAGGAGGUCCAUUACCAAGGCAGAAUGAUAUGGUUUUUUUACAGCACAACCCCUCCACAAGCAGUAAGCAGCAACCGAAUUUUUUCGGUAGGAAUUUCCUGGAAAUGCAAAAUCAGUCUGGUAUUGGAUUGCUUUCAAGCCACACCAGUCCCCAAGAGGUGACCGAACUGGAAAAGGUAUUUCACCGAUCUCUGCCAAGCCUGCAGUGUUCUGUGCAUAACACAGAGACUAUGAGAAUAUGUGCUACUGUCAACGCUGAGGAAGAAUCAUCUAGAGGUCCUCCCGUGGUUUCAAAGACAACUCACCAUUUUCAGAUCACAAAAAAGACUGGUGUUAACUUGCCUGAACGAGGUCAAGUGUUCGGACAGUCAACUGCAUCAACAAAAUUGAAAGGAAAAGCUUUCGGUGAUCUUUUUGGUUUUUCCACGGACUAUGGUCUCCCUGCUCAGCCUAGAUUAAAGCUACUACCUUACAGGAGCCCUACAGAGAGUAACGGAGAGGAAGAUGUAAGAGAUGUCGAGGCUUAUGCACUCGAAUCAUCAUCUGAAACAGAUAUUUUGGACAUGGAUGCUUUCCAGGAUAACCUUCUUCCUGGUGUAGCGUCAUCCACAUCAGAUAAGCAUGUUGAGAGUACCAAGAAGUCACCAAAAUCUCGAUCAGCCUUCACUUCAGGUGGAGAAGAGAAUGGAGCUAGACUUCUGUACACAAAAUUACCUGAUAUAAAUCAAGAGCUUCCUGAUUCAGCAGAAGAAAGGGAGACGAGCACUUCCAGAACCCAAAGUUUGGGUGCGGAACAUCUCCUUUCUCAUGCUGAGCAGCCGACAAAUUCGAACUGCAAUGCGUGUCAAGAAGGAUCUCAUGGACUAGAAACAAGAAGCAGUUGGAUUAAACGGCUCAAGUUGUCUGCAACUCAGCCAGCUUAUGGUGCAAAAAGCUCAAACAGUAGAUUUCUUGGUAAAGAACAGAUGGUGCCAGAUCAAGCUGCAAUGCUAUUAAGGGAUUGGGAGUCGUCUCCCAUUGACUCAGCCAGGAAAGGUCGAAAUAUAAUGCUUUCUCAUCCUUGGAUUCAGAGGUGGUCUAAAGUACCAUCCCAAAAGAAGUCUGAAAAAGUUGUUUUUCAAUCACAAUGUUCGAAGCCAACCGUAGAUGAGUUUCAGAAGAAGCAAUUUCCAAGCAUUGCUGCUAUGGCACUCAUGGGAAAGGCCAUGAGUGGUUUCCAUCCAUGUGAGUUUACGAACAAAGGGUCUUUUGUAGUUUGGAGUACCAAGGAUAUUAAAUAGGUAAGUUAUGCAACUCCGGAAAGAAGAGUACCAUUUAUGCGGAUUACACUGGUGGUCAUCUGUACAUGAUAUGGUCCAGAGAUCCUGUUUAAGCUGAUGGUGAUACGGAGGUUUUGAUAGAGACGAGUUCAGGACGUACAAUGCAGAGAAUCACUUGCAUCUUCAGCUUCUCUUGAACUGUGAUACUCGUCUUAAUACACCGCUACAUCCAGAGACUGACAUGGAGAAACUAGCAGCGAUCCUCGGCUACCAAGUUUUAGUAAAGAAAAUGUGAGCAACUUUUACAAUUCCUGCGCUUUCUGAUUGUAUAUUCUAAUAUGUUGUGCUUGUUAAUUCUUGGUUUAAGGUUGUGAGACAUAUGCCAUCAGUUUUCCUCCAUUUUCUUUGGUUGAUAGGUUGUUUAUUUAAGAGAGCAAUGAAUUUCCAGUUUUAUUAGGCAAA